CCAACAAGCUAUAGGGAAUGAAUUUCAGUUGGGACUUGCUCAGCCAACAGUUUCCCUUAUUUUAAAAGAGAUCAUACCCAUUUUGGAAAAUGAAAUUUGUCGUACCCAUAUAAGCGUAGAUAUGAGUGAAGAAGAAAAGCAGCAGGCAAGAAGCAAAUUUUAUUCAAGAUCGGGAAUACCAAAUGUAAUAGGCUGCAUCGAUGGAACCCAUAUUGCGAUUUAUGCUCCUACCACAAACAAACACCUCUAUCUAAACAGAAAAGGAUUUUUUAGCAUAAAUGCAAUGAUUGCUUGUGAUCAUGAUAUGAAUAUCCGUUUUGUGGAUGCUAGAUAUGCUGGUUCUACACACGAUUCGUUCGUAUGGAACAAUAGUUCUCUAAAGGCAUGUUUAGAGGCAGCGCAUCAAAACGGAGAUCAGAACUCUAUUUAUUUAGGUGACUCCGGAUACCCACUAAGCCCUUAUUUAUUAACACCUUUCCGUCAUGCAGAAUCUGGAACUAGGGAGUCAAUUUUUAAUAAAAAGCACUCGAAAGCGAGAAAUGUUGUUGAACGUACGAUUGGAGUUUUGAAAUGCCGUUUCAGAUGUCUUCUGAGUGAUAGAAAAAUGCGCUACGAUCCUGCUAAAGUAACAUCCGUUAUUAAUAUAUGCUGUGCCUUGCACAACAUUUGUAAAAAAUUUAGAAUCGGUGAUCCGGAGGAGGCUGAAACCUUCUUUGAUGCCGUUGUACCAUUGGAACCAAUUAAUGAAAAUGGCAAUGGUUCACCAGGAGAGCGCCGCAGAAGACAAAUUGCUGAUGCUUUGAUGUAAAUGAAACUAUCCCGACUUCAGUGAAUAAUAUAUUGCAUUCUUUUAUUUUAUUCAAUACUUUGAAAUUCAAUAUUACAUAGAUAAUAAAUAUAUAAAAAUUACAAAAACUACAUGCUUUUAAAUUAAAUUAAAAAAAUCACA